GGCGGGCGGGGAGGCGGCGGCGGCGGCUCGGCUCCGGGCGCAGCAUGGGCCGCGCGGCUCUGGGGCGGCUCCAGCUGCUGCUCCAGCUGCUGGCCUGGCUCAGCUUGGGACGCCCGGCCGGCCUCUUUGUCACCGAUUACUUCACCCGGACCCCCCGCAAGCUGAACCCCUUCCGCUCCUUCACCAGCAUCGAGCUCUUCCAUUUCCGCAUCCCAGAGGACACCGUCGUGGCCGUCUGGAACCUCAUCACCUUCAAAGAGCAGGGGGGCACCUUUGGGGACCAGUGCCCAGACCGAAGCAUCACUGUGUACUUCCGCUCUGGGGCGCCCCCCGUCAUCAACCCUCUGGGCACCCACUUCCCCCGGGACACAGCUGUGCCAGGCUCCUUUGCCCUCACGCUCACCUGGACCCUGCCCAACAGGACCACGGGCGUCUUCAACAUCACCAGCCCCCUCCCUGGGGACUGGUUCCUGGCUGCCCACCUGCCCAAAGAGCAGGGCAAGAUCUCCGUCAAGGGCCUUGCUGAGGACUGCCAGUACCUCUUCCAGCCCCAGCUCAUCGUCCAGCGCCUGGUGGGGAUUGGGGUGCUGUACCCCGGCUAUGUGACGGAGCACGUCCUCUCCCCCCACAACCGCUCCCUGCUGUACAAGGUCUUCAUCCCGAGCUACACAUCCCGGGUGCUGGUGCAGCUGAGGAACUGCCACGGCGCCAACCAGAGCGGGGAGGGCUGCCCGCUGUGGCUCAAAGUGCGCGGCAAGGCGCCCCCCCUGCACAACUCCACCGCCGUGGACUGCCGGGGGCGCCCCACCUGCCGCCUGGCCCUGGACCUCCCAUUCUGGCAGAACUGGUACUACAUCCUGGUGGAGAAGUACCUGGGAGUGGCCACCAACGUCAACUUCCAGCUGGUGGUGCAGCUGAAGGACUGCUCUCGGACUGGCCUGGUUCGCGCCCUCUUCCAGCUGCCUGGCUCCAGCCUGAACAUGCCCCACUCCUUUGGCUCCAUGGGGGGGCUGCCCCUGGCGGAGGUCCUGCCCCCCUCUGCGCUCAACAGCACCCAGCGCCCGGCGCCCAGCCCGGGGCCAGCGGCCGGCGAGUGCUGCCGGCCCAUCCGCCCCACCCUGCGCAAUGAGCUAGACACUUUCUCCGUCCACUUCUACAUCUUCUUUGGCCCCAACGUCUCGGUGCCCCCCGACCGGCCGGCCGUCUUUGCCAUCAACCUCCUGCCCAUCCUGGACAGCGGAGGAGCCCUCAACCUGGAGCUCAGGCUGAAUGUGUCCUCUCUGCGAGGGGAGAACGCCACUGUUUUCGCCUGCCUGAAUCACGAGGUCCCGUUGGCGUCCGAAGAGAACUCCUCAGUCACCUGCGAGACAGAGCUGCUGGCGGGGUACCUCCUGUCCAUCAAUGCCACGGCCCCCCUGACCCGCUUGCGGAUCCCGUACCCCCAGACUGGGAGCUGGUACCUGAGUCUGCGCUUGCUCUGUGCCGCCGACCGUGGGCUGGAGCCCUGUGGCAAUGUGACGGCCGAGGUCUACCUGCGCACUUACCUGUCCCCCUGCAUUAACGACUGCGGCCCCUACGGACAGUGCAAGCUCCUGCGCACCAACAACUACCUGUAUGCAGCCUGCGAGUGCAAAGCGGGCUGGAGCGGCUGGGGCUGCACGGACAACACAGCCGCCUUCUCCUACGGCUUCCAGCUCCUCUCCACCCUCCUUCUCUGCCUCAGCAACCUCAUGUUUGUGCCUCCGGUGGUGAUCGCUGUCCGGAGCAACUACAUCCUGGAGGCUGCUGUCUACAUCUUCACCAUGUUCUUCUCCACGUUCUACCACGCCUGUGACCAGCCGGGCAUCGUGGUCUUCUGCAUCAUGGACUACGACGUGCUGCAGUUCUGCGACUUCUUGGGGUCCCUCAUGUCCGUCUGGGUCACCGUCAUUGCCAUGGCCCGCCUCCAGAUGGUCAUUAAGCAGGUGCUGUACCUCCUGGGCGCCAUGCUGCUCUCCAUGGCCUUGCAGCUGGAUCGACACGGGCUCUGGAACCUCCUGGGCCCCAGCCUCUUUGCCUUAGGGAUCAUGGCCGUCGCCUGGACGGCACGUAGCAUCCGCCGGAGGCACUGCUACCCUCCCACGUGGCAGCGCUGGACCUUCUACCUGCUGCCCGGAGCGCUGAUCGCGGCCUCGGCGGUGCUGCUCUACGCCUUUGUGGAGACGGAGGAGAACUACUUCUACAUCCACAGCAUCUGGCACAUGCUCAUCGCCGGCAGCGUGGGCUUCCUGCUGCCCCCCCAGGCCAAACCCGAGUCCCCUGGCCUGGCCGGCCCCCUCCCUCGCCGGAAAGGCUGCGGCUACCAGCUGUGCAUCAACGAGCAGGAGGAGCUGGGCCUGGUGGACCCCGGGGCGGGGGCCUCCGUCACCAGCGUCUGCACCAGCUGAUGGGGGGCCGCUCUGCCCGGGGAGGGGGGCAGGCGGGCAAGCGUCCCUCUCCCGGGGCCCCAUGGCCAGAGACACGCCCACCUGCCUGGACGCUUGCGCCCAGACCCACCUCAGCAGUAACAUUCCAAGGUUCCUCCAUGGGAUGCCCACUUGGCUGCCCGCAGGGCCAUGGCAGGAAAGGAGGCGGAGUUGCGGCUGCAGAACCACCACGAUCCAUGACAAGGAGCUGAGUCGCCCCCUUGUUGGCUCCAGGGUUGCUGGAAAGACCAUCUGAUAUGCCAGCGGUGCCAACGGACCUAUAAUCCUGGAUAGGCCUGGAGCAGGGCAAGAAGGGCACAGAAAGAGAAUUGGGGGGGGGGCAGCUGUGUGCUGAGCAACCCAGCAUCAGGACGCGAGGGGGCAAAGCAGCCCCAAACAGGAGUGGGGCAAGGUUUGCAGCAGCUCCUGAAUGUGCCAGGGCUUGUGGGUGGGACCCACACUGCCCUUUGGGCACUGAUUGCCCCACAAGAAGGAAAGAGCAGCCUGUCUGGGGGUGGCCAAAGGGGUGCCUCCCCAACGGAGCUGGCCCACUCAUGAGGCAGGAGAAGCAGCCUCCUCGGGUGGCAGAAGGACCAGAGGCGGCCCCCUGCCCACACGGCUGCUUCCACCACUGCCAGAAUGGGAGCAGACAAGCAGCAAGGCUUUGCGGAAGGCCCUCCUCCUCCUCACAUCAUGUGGCAGAAGCGGUUGGGUGGGCAGGGCGUGGGGAGCAGAGGGCGGCACGUUCCCUUGAUGCCUCAGGUGGCAAAAUGGGACAGCCCCCCUGCUUCCGACACUCGCUCCCCCUGAGCGCCACUCUGGUGUGGGGCCAGCAGUUUUCUCACAACUGCUUCCCUUUUCAUGGGAGGUCAGCAUCUGCGCACCUGGCUAGGUGGGCAUUGGAAAUGUACCAGUCAGAGCUGGCUCAGUCAGAGGGGCAGGAUGCGACCAUCCAGCUUGCUAAAGACCCUUGCCCGCCUGCUGCCCAGCCACUCCUCCCUGGGCUCACCAGGUGGCACAGGGCAUGAUGGCCUCCUCUCCACCCCAGCCUGGCUGCCUUCAGAAAGACCCAAACUGUGCCCAGGGGAGCCUUUAGGAGGGAGUUCAUUCUUGGUUUUGGCAGGAGAAAGGAGAGAGGGAGGAAAGCCUGGCAGACUGGGGCGGAGGAGGAGGAGGAGGAGGAAGAGGAGCAUUGGAAACAGACCCCCAGGGCUGCCCACACAGCAUUCGCCUCUGGGGGUCUGGAAGGCUUGUGGGGAGCAGAUCUGGGUAGCCAUAGGAGGCUGACUCAAACAGGAGUGUUCCCUGUCCCCCGUCCCCCGCUUGCCUUCUGCUGGGCACUCCUCUUUGCCAAGCGUGUCACAAAGCCUUCCACCUUCCCUCUCCAAGGUGCCUUUGGCUACACAGUGAGCUACGCACAUGCAACACUCUCACUCACACAUCCUGCCUAUGCCUUGGAAAGUGCCUGGCUGGUGGGAAUGCAGAAGACCCCCCGCCAUGUCCCUCUAGGCCAGCGGUUCUCAACCUAUGGGUCCCCAGAUGUUGUUGGACUACAACUCCCAGAGCUCAGGGAUGGUGGGAGUUGUAGUCCAACAACAUCUGGGGACCCACAGGUUGAGAACCGCUGCUCUAGGCGUUGAGGGACUCUGAUUCCCAGCAGCCAGCAAGGCCAGCAGUUGUGAGUGAAGUCAGGGAGCUGAAGGGCUGGAGAUGUUCCCUGCCCCCGUGCUGGAAGGUCCCAGGCCAGCAGUCACAACUGGCAGCAGAGCAAAAGCUAGAAGCCCCACAGCCCAGGGAGUCAGCCUCCAAGAUCCUGGGGGGCAAAGGAGAGAGGAGAGCUGCUUGCCGCCCUUCCAUGCCUCUCCAGGUUGCCCUUCCCCACCUCUGGACCUCCCCAGGCCCUUGCUGCAGAUGGAUGCUAGGUGGACCAUUCAGGCCAGCUCCACACAGCCGGCCUCCUACUUUAGGAGCAAUGCCAGGGGAGCUAUGGGGUCCAACCCCCCAGGUGGAAAGGACAGUAGCUGCUUGGAGAGGAGUAAAAGCAACAGAGCGCUGGAUGGAUUUAGAGAAGUGGGAGAGGAUAUUUUAUUUGGCAGUUAUACUUCCAAAUAUCUAUUUCAGCAGGGUGAAAAGUCACCAUCCUUAUUUCUAGAAGCUAUAAGGACAAAGGCUGCAUAACAUUCCAGAAUAAUUGUGAUAUCCAAGGAUUCUUAGGUAACUUGGAUUAUUUUCUCCCAUUAUGUUUCCCACUGAACAAAGACAUCGCUCUCAGAUUGUCUAGCAAACAAGAAAAAUGCAAGGUUUACUCACAUCAAACGUCUUGCCAGGUUUCAGCAGAUACAGUGGUAUAAAGACAGGCAAUAAUCCGGAAAUGUUACAAAUAUCCAGUUCAAAAUGGAGAUUUUCUCUCUGGAGGACAGCAGAGAAACGUCUUCCCCCAUUGCAAUUAGGAAAAAGAGCGAAUAGUGACAGGAAGAAGUAGAGCAGGUUUCCUCAAACUCGGCGCUCCAGAUGUUUUGAGACUACAAUUCUCAUCAUCCCUGACCAUUGGUCCUGGUAGCUAGGGAUCAUGGGAAUUGUAGUCUCAAAACAUCUGGAGGGCCGAGCUUGAGGAAGCCUGGUUUAGAGGCUAGGACAUCAAAGAGUCCCCGUUUGUGAUUUGGGCUGCAGAUUCUCCCACACAGGUGUGGAGAGUAGCGGCUGCAAGUGGGGACAGAGGCCCCUGGGGGUCACACUGAGCACCAGGUUAUCUCUCGUUCUAGCAAAGAGGCAGCUGCCAAGGAAAGAGGCAGCUGCCAAGGAGGAGGCAGGAGGUAAGAGAGAGAAAAGAGGUUGAAAGCAGCAAGACCGAAGCUGCCUCAUACUGAGUCAGGUCUCUGGUGCAUCAAGCUCAGUCUCGCCUGCAGAUGUUGAAAAUUGAAUACCUGGGGCACUCCGAGUGCAAGGCACACCCUCUACCCACUGAGUCACGGCCCUGGUUGUGCCAGGCAUGAAGGGCAAAGAGGCAGCUGCCCCAAGCGCUGGGUGCAAAAGGGCUCAUAGCCCAGAGGCCAUUCUGGGCCGCCGCCAAGGGUGCUGCGCAUUCACCACACCUGCCGUCUCCCCUUCCCUCCCUCCCUCCCUCUUGGGCCUUCAUCUUCUUCCCCAGGACUCUUGCUGGCACUCGCCUGACCCCUCCAAUUCUCCUCUGGAAGAGGCUUGAGGGCAGGAAGGGACACUGGCAAAGCCCUCCUGCACGGCUGGGCAUGGCUCUGGCAGCUGCCAGUCACACGGCAGAGGAAACAGGGAGCAGAAGCAGGGGCAGUGUCUGUAAAGUGCCCCCCCCGUCCUCCGCGGGACCACAACAUCCCACCCUAAAGGCUGAGGGGGCAGGGAGGAGAGUUGCCUGUUGGAAGAAUUGGGGGGGGGGACACCAGCUGUUGUUGUGGCAUUUCAGGGCUGCUUGCUGGAGCCCACCAGAGAGGCUUGUGCCCAGGCAGGUGCCCACUGGUGGUGAUGGGGUUGGAAGGGGAGGGCAACCACCAGGAGCUUUUCUGCCAAGAACCCCUUUUAGCCUCCACUGGGAGUUCAAGGGGGCUCCCCACUCACAGACACCUGCCCACCUGUUUCAAAUACCCAGCCAAGGUUGCCCCAAGCGGGUGCCCCCUUCCCUGGGUAAAGGCCGCUCUCUGACCUCCCUGAGAGGCAGUGAAGCAGACAGCUGUUCUCCUGGGCAGGCCAAAGAGGCGGCUGUGGGAGGCUGCCACCCCCUCACCUCUUCCCCUGCCAGCCCCACUGAGGGAGAGGGGCUCAUGUCAGAGCUCAGAGCAGAGCCCACACCACUUCCCAAGCACGGAGGGGGCGUUUAUUUUUUAUUUUAGAGCUAGAUUUGUAUCCCACCCAAUCCCCAAAUAAACCACUAGAACAAAACAGCCAAUGGAAUGCAAAAACGUGGUCUGUUGGGGUGAAAUGUCUCCACAGCAGCAGGAAUGCAGGCGUUAAAAUCCACGUUGGCCGAAGCAAACCUGCCCGUCCUCUGGGCCUCUUUCCUUGGGGGCACAGCAGAUGGCACCGGACCUGCCCUUUGCCCACUGGUUGGCACAGGAGACACUCUGGUCCUCCUGGGCAUGGGUGGGUGAGAGGGGCAGCAUAGGGGCAGGCAAAGGGAGCCCCUUCUUAUGCUGAUCAGGGCUGCUCCAGCCCCGCAGCAAGUUGGCAUCUCACCAGGGGCAGCAGCAGCAGCAGCCCCCUGCCCUUGGGUGUAGGAGGGGGUCGCUGUGUGGGUUGCCCUCCCAGGGGGGAGGGGGCUGGGGUAACGUCUGCUGGAGCUGCUGCCUCUUCCCCACCUGCAAACUGGAAGAAGGAGCCCCUUCCUUCAGAAUGGCUCCCUUGGCACAACAAGGGCUUCUUCGGGUACAGGAAGAUCAUGCUGGAGAGAAGCAUGGAGGUGGUCCCUUUCUCUUGGGGGGGCGGGGAGUGCAAUGAAGGCUGGCAUCCUGCACAGAGGGCAAGGGAACCACAGACUAGGGUCACAGAGGGGACUGGCAGGCAGAUCAGCCCCUCGCCUUCCCAUAGCCCCCCCUCCUUCAGCCAUAUCACUUCACAUGGUGGUGGUGGUGGAGGGGUUAACUGGCCUGUCUGGGCGAGAGGGGGAAUGGGUUGAGGGAAGGGGCAGAGGCAGGAAUGCAGGUCAGGGCUUGAUCCCGACAUGCUGGGCCAGCCUGGUGCCUUCCAGAUGUUUUGAACUACAAUUCCCAACAGCCCCUGUGGUCCAAAAUGUCUGGGGAAGGGGAGUAGUAAUCGCCCUUUAAAUAAUGCUGUUUCCAGUCUGAGCAAAAGACAUGUCAGAAUCCAAAUAUUUGCAGGAUUCCAACCUGGCAACAGAAAGGCCCACAUUUAUUCCUUCUGGGAGGAGCAGCUGCGCCGCCGUUUCAGGAAGGAGGUUGUGAUCCAGCACUCGCCAGCUAAAGAAAUCUUAACACGUCAAUUAAAUCAAAUGGCUUCCAGCUGAUUUAUGCAUUCAAAUGCACCCCUUUCCCUGCAAGGAGAAAGGCAACUCUCAAGGGUGGCUCAGCCUCCUGCCUUCUGUUAGGUCAUUUCUCCUCCUCCAAGAGGGCCUCCCCUUUCUCUCUCACGCACCUCAAACAGCUCCUUUACCACGGAGCCGCCUGUCAACUGCAGUUUUUAUAAGCUACUUGUAUUUUGAUUUUUUUAUUUAAAAUAAAUCUGCUGCCAAAGUAAUUGGGGGCACCCACUGUAUUAAA